GCGAAUCUAUUCGAGGUUUUUUAUUUUUUUUACAUUGGCCUGGCAUUAAUGGCCAUAGGCAUAGCAUUUUUCGGUCUAGGCAUGGUGUUGCUAUUCGAUGCUGGCCUAUUAGCUUUGGGCAAUAUCUUAUUCAUAUUUGGGCUUUGGCUAUUUGUCGGUGCCGAGCGCGUGCUACGUUUCUUCUUCCAGUGGCACAAAUUGAAAGGCACAUCCUUCUUUUUUGGUGGUAUCUUUGUGGUUCUGUUUGGGUUCCCACUGAUUGGUACUGUCAUUGAACUCUACGGAUCAUUUUGUCUCUUCAGCGGAUUCAUGCCAGUGGUGGUACAAUUCCUCUACAAUGUCCCUGUAAUUGGUUGGAUUCUCCAUUUCCCCGGCAUUAACAAAGUACGAAUAACAAGUAUCUUUUACAGAAACUAG